AUGAAUGGUCCCCAAAAGCGAAAAGCUGGUUCGGGCUAUUACGAUCCAAAGAUGGCUGCGGUCGCUGUGCCGAGAAGGUCCGAGGCGUAUAUAAGGAAAAUACCGGUCGACGUUGAUGACUAUUUUCCCACUAGAAUUUCGAGGGAUCUUCGUAAGAAGAUUGUACCCCCGAAACGGAAGUACUCUGUGCGAUCGCUACCACACGCUAACGAGCUUGGCGAGGUGUCUGACAGCGAGACGGAAGGCAGUGAAUCAUCGAACACCCGUUCUUCCGAUGCCACGCAGAAUACAACCAUAUCCGAUAUGGCCAUGGUGGAGCCGGAGCACAAAAUAUGCGACUUCCGAGACAUCAGCCUCGAAACACCUAAAGGCAGGAAUGGGGUGGAUGCGAAGCGCCAUUCUUACAGGCGGAGUCGAGAGUUGAUCGUGCUCGGCCCUUCGCCGACAAGCAGCGUCUCUCGUGAAGUCCAUUUCCAUGAAGCCCUGACGCAACUUGAGGAGCAGGAAGAGCGCAGCAACAGUCCUGUCGAGUCUCUUGUCGAGCCGCCACCUGAACUGGAAUGUGAACCGCCGAUCGAGAAAACUAUAGUUGAAGCUCGGCUCCGUGUCAUCCCGGAGAUGCCUCGCUAUAGCUUUGCCAAAAGCUCGCCUUUCUUCGAGGCUGAUGCCAUGACGCCUGAGGCGGCUGUCAGCAGCGCUGCCGGUGACCAUGGUGUUCGCAAGACGGUCUUGAUGGCAAACCUAACGCGAGAACAACUCGACCGAUACGAUGCUUGCACGACAGCCAAUUUUUCCUCGGAUAUGAUGCAAGAUAUAAUCCAGAAGCACUGUGACAUCAUGAUCGGUCCGAGCAUAGCCGAGGUUAUUGGCGCAGUGGCAAAGACGUUUCUCGGUGAACUCGUCGAGGAGGCCAUGCGGGCACGCCACGAGCACAUCAAGUCC